ACACGUCAUAUGGUGUGGCGCAACUUGCAGUGAGCCAAAUUAUUGGAAGUUUGCUGCUCGUUUUCGAUGCCAAACAGUGAAUUCGUGAAGAUCAUACAUACCACGGGAACUGUGGCGUUAGUACAGCUCAUAGAGCCAAGACGGGAAUCCCAACCGUUCCGAACCACAUAUUUCAAGCUUAUAACAUCCCGACCUCAAAGGACCCAUCGCCGUUGAGGAUCUCCAUCUUGCAUUGUCGGACAUUAUCUCCUAGCCUUAGGUUAUAAAUCCUGUCAAUUGUUUCGAGAGUACCUGACAACACCACCAUAAUCAGCAGUUAUUCGACCUUUCAGCGACGCUUAAGCCUCUAGUCCCGGGACAACCUAGUACUCAAAGCCGUUUUCCUGCACUGAAGUCGUCUGCCUACGACACGACAUUGCGACAAGAUGUUCGGCGACAAAAGCGAGAAAGCCACCCCUGCAUACUCAGGGGGUGAUCCUGUAGCCGACGUUCCUCCUUCCUACUCUGAAGGAGUCCCGACUUCAAGUGAUGGCCUCAUCCCCGCCGGGACCCUUCUCCUCGCCGGAACAACCAUUUUUAAUACCGCCUCAGCUUCAUCACCGCCAUUAUACGAACUCACUUACCCCAUCGGACACUUGCGGGAGUCCAAUACAUCAGUUUCGUUUUACCGCUAUGAGAACAGUGUGCGGGACUCUUCUGGGGCAUCCGGUCCUCAGGUAGCAUCAAGAAAGAAGCACAUCUUCGACCUAAAGCGAGACCCAACAGUCACUGAGCCCCCUUUCCCAUACCACUUGAACUCGGUGUCUCGCGGAAACGUGGGACAUGUGGGUAUUAAGACACACCGACGCUUGGUUGGAUCGGGUUACCGCGCCUGGAGGGCGACGAGAGCGAGAGAAGGGGCGGAUCUAGAAGCCAAGGAGAUGAUGUUUAACGUCAAGACGCGGGGUAGCGGACGGCAGGAAUGGCGCGAUGGGAGCGACAAGACGCUUCUCGCGCAUGAGACGAGCGAGGAGGGGAUUCACAAGCUACAGAUCGUGGUCCCAUUGAGCCAAGAUAUCAGAGAUGGGUUGGUCGCGACGUGGUGUUUGCGGCUUUGGUGGGAGAUUGCCGUGUCCAAGGUCGAGCCUUUCAGCUGGAGCGAAGUCAAGAAUGUAUUGCAGUAUAACUCGAAGAAUCUCCCUUCCGGGUCGCGCUUGGCUCUUCUCCCUUAGUUCAGUCCUGGUUCAAGUAUCUUUAGACCCUAUGGGAAGCUCAAACAUCUUCCACCUUGCCUACAAUAGACUAAUAUCAAUCUCUACGUUGCCCACAGAAGACCGGAAUGGCUCUGCUCUCCACGUAAUGCUGUGAGCCAUGCUUUCACUGACCACCAUCACUAUCCGUCC